AUGGGUGCUUUAGCAAAAAAGAAAAUCACGUAUUCAAUUGCAACAAAAUUGGAUUUUUUUUCUCAUCACAAUUCGAUCAGUCUAUGGACAGUGUUUCCUUUUUUUAUAAUUUAUGCAAUCUAUCCGGCCAACCUAUUUGGACUACAAAUUUUGGGUGUUAAGAAAAUAAUUACUGCCGAAAGCGAGCGCAUACGCAUUCUCAUCUCGGAUGGUCAAUACUUUAAUAGCUACGCAAUGCCUUCUAUUCAUUUGAAUUUCCUAUGCGAAGAAGAACAGCUGAAGGAAAACACGAUUAUUAGAGUAGGUAAAUAUAUAACGUCGAUAGUAAGCAAAAACGAUGCUGGAAAACGUGUCGUCAUUGUUAUGGGCUUGACCGUUUUGCAUCCAGACGCGCCUGCUUCAUCUGCUCAGACAGCGGCUCCUAGUCUAACUUCGUUACUGUCCACUAGCAAUAAAAAAUCUAAACCGGCCAAGGAAAAUAGAAGCUUUUCCAACGGCAACAGUAAGAAUACCAAUCUCGAUCAAUCGAUGAAUGAUGGUUUAACUAGUCCAAUAGCUAGUUUGAGUCCAUAUCACAAUAAGUGGGUAAUAAAAGCCCGCGUUACUGCAAAGUCCGUAAUACGCAGUUGGAGUAACGCUAGAGGUGAAGGGAAACUAUUUAGCAUGGACUUAAUGGAUGAAUCGGGAGAAAUAAGGGCUACAGCCUUUCGUGAGCAAUGCGACAAAUUCUACGAUAUCAUACAGGUGGACCAAGUCUACUUGAAGCCGGCAAACAAACAAUUCGCUACACUUAAAAAGAGCGUGUCGCACCACGCUCAGCCUUUCAGUUGUGCAGUAGCAGCCACGUGA